AUGGCGCUUCCUAAAGACAUCCAACGAGCUUCGGUGCUCUCCCGCUGUGCAAAUCCGUUACCUGCGAAUAUUGUCAGCCAAUAUGGAAAGCGUAUUAUCAAGGUGUCCGAUCACGAAGUGGUUAAGUGGGGCCCGGAUAUUACGAAAGAAGAAGCCGAUAAUCAAAGACUAGCCUAUGAACUUAUGGAUAGUCACCUAGUUCGUGUUCCACGUGUGUAUGAUUUCUUUUCUGAUGAGCAGGGCCGGGGCUAUAUUGUGAUGGAGUAUAUAGAGGGGAAAAGUAUGGAUCUAUUAGAAGAUUCAGCCGCCCUUCAAAAAGUUGUGGACGUGCUUGAUUAUUUUGCAACAUUACGGCACACUAAUCCUGGCCCUCUAUGUGGAGGACCAUGUCGUGGGCUUCUCUUUCCCGAAACCGAGGAUUUGGUAUUCGACAAUCUUGACGAGAUGGAGAAGUGGUUCAAUAGCCGUCUGUUGCCAGACAACCCGAAGUUGUCUUUCCAGGGCUGUGACCUCGUGUUCUGUCAUUUAGAUCUCGCGCCUCGAAAUAUCUUGUUGCAGAAAGAUGGAUCUCUCUGCCUUAUUGACUGGGCAUCUGCCGGUUACUACCCAAGGUUGUUUGAGUUUUGCGUGCAGUGGAUUGUUGAAGGAAGGGACGACAGCUUCAAUUCCCUUCUCUUGGAAUCGGUGAAGCCUUUAUCAGCCCAAGAGAUGGCACAGAAAACGUCCAUCCUAUGUGCUUGGCGAAAUAUCCAAAAGUAUCCUUUGUAA